UUUCCUCGUCCACUUCACAAUCUUGGAUGCCCCCUAAAAAGCCUUCCUAAAUUUAACUUGUUUCGUGUUCUUGGGUUGAAAUUAAGUAUUAGUCGAUGUUUUAUGAAAGUGACUGGGAAGCGUUGAAUUAGCGAACGCGAAAAUUUACGCGAGCUAUAAUUAUUAUGACCUGGAUUUUAUUUAAUGUUUCCGACCAAUAGCAUGCCUUUAAACAAAUAAUGCUUGUAAUCAAAGCUAUCAAAGUUCAGUUCUCGCUUAUCGGCUUCAAGAGUUGUUUCUCCGACAGAGAGCUGCGAAUUCUUAAAAUGGACUUCAAACGUAAAGAUGAAGUCAAGAACAAAUGUCUUCCAAACUUGCGCUCGGCAUCCCUUGUCAUUCUGGUCCUUGUGGGAGUGUCUGUGAUCAGCGCUGUCGUUUUACUUGUAGGCGAGGUCCGUGGGAUGAAUCGACGCCUCUCUACUUUCGAGAAUACUUUGGAAGAUUUGAAACGAAGUACUGAUCAAGAUCCUCAAAUGUCUGAUGCUUCAUCAGUUGAAUUGAGUCCCAGAAAGAAGAGAUCGGUAUCGAGCAAUGCAAGCCAAAAGCAAUCGGACUUUGAAAAGCGACUUCAGGCUUUAGAGAAAAGAAUGAACGAAACCAAAAUAUCUGCAAUGCCGUCAGACAAGGCAAAAGAUUGGUGGUUUCUUUCCCUCCUCCGAGGACGGGAUGGAAGGGAUGGCAGAGAAGGAAGAGAAGGACCCCCGGGCCCCCCCGGAAAACCGGGCAUUGCUGGUAGGUUAGUUCUCCAUUAGUAAUAUACGUACCUACGGGGUUUAUGUAUGUUAUUUUCCCUCUCUAAUAUUAGUAUUUCCCUCUCUAA